AUGAAGGCCUCCGCUGUUCUCUCCCUCGUUGCCCUUGCUGGCCUCACCAUCGCCGCCCCUGCUGUUGGCAACGACAAUGUCCAUGGUAGCGGGGACAUCCACAAGCGUGGUGGUGGCUGGGGAGAGAAGCCCACAGCCGUUGCCGUCGAGGCAGUCGAAGUCCCCGUUGUUGAGAAGCCCCAGGAGCACUGGCACAAGCCCGCUCCUCAGUCCAAGCCCCAGCCUGUCCCUGUCAAGUCCAACGAGUACUCCAAGGAGGCUGGCAAGAAGUGGGGCAAGGAGGGCGGUUCCGCUGGUGAGGAAGACUACAAGAGCGUCCAGGACAACGAGUCCGCAUCCUUCAGCAAGAGCUUCGGCGAGACUACCGAUCACAAGACGGGCAAGAACUGGGGCAAGGAGGGUGGUGAGGAGAAGGAGAAGGAGCAGGGCAAGUCUCAGCAGUAA